AUGUCAAUCCUUGUGCGGCCACCUAAGCGCCGCCUCGACGACCUCGAGAAUUUUGAUCAGAAUCACCGACGCGUUCUACGGGGCUUCAACCAGGGAAGCAACGCCUUAGGGACCACUGCGACUUCUACCGACUAUGCGCGCUUUGACGAACGACCAGAGACUGGGGAUGGCUCUGGAUACGCUUCUCCGUUCCGGGAAUUGACCUCCAGCCGGGGGUCGCCGGUGCGCAUGGAAAACUCGCUUCAAACCCAAAGGAAGUUCGCCCCAAAUGCGUCGAUAGUUUUAAUCGGUAUACGGGGAACCGGGAAAUCGAGUCUUGCUGUGAUACUCGCUGCCAGCUACGGUAGGCGCGUGGUCGAAGCGGAUCGAUAUUUCCAACAGGUGACAGGGCGCUGCCGAGGCGCUUAUAAAAGAGAACAUACACUUCCAGAAUAUCGUCGGCAAGAGGCCAUUGUUAUGGAAUCGUUGCUCAUGGAGCACCAGGAAAAUUGCGUGAUUGUCUGCGGACCAGGCGAUGUCGAGCGCAAUGGGCAGAUGCGCCUCCGAGAGUAUGCGAAAACUCACCCCGUCAUCCAUAUAGUCCGAGACGUGGAAAGCAUUCAAUCUUACUUGAAAGCCCGCGACACCGACAAAGUCCGUCGAUUCCUUGAAUUGUCCGGCCCGAUAUAUCGAUCAUGCUCGAACCUUGAAUUCUUUAACGCUUCUGAGAAAGGCAUCAGUGACCUCAAGGACAACCAACACUACACGCAAUGGGACGCCGAGGUGGACCAGCGCAUUCAAACGGCGACCCCAUUUUUGAUGCUCAAGCGAUUACAGCGCGAUUUUCUUCGCUUCGUGGCGUUCGCUACUGGCAAUAUGCCGGAGCUGAGGAAUCAGCUUUCACCGUUUCCUCUACACAUGCAGCCGAUCGAAACCCGCAAAUUCACCUAUGCUACGGCUGUGCCAAUGUCCUCCCUCCUAGAGAAUAACUUUGACAUUGAAGAACUCGAAUCCACCGCGGAUGCUUUCGAGAUCAAGAUCGAUGUGUCGGCGGCGCCCUCUGCUCAGUUGGGCACCGAGUCGAAUCUUGCGGAUAGCAUCAGCCGAACUGUGGCGACGGUCCGGCGGAAUAUCAUCGUACCUGUGGUAUAUCACGUCGAGAGUAAUAUCUUCUCGGAUCACAGGGAGCCAUCCCGCCGCUCUGACGCGGCGUACCUGGAACUAGUGCAGCACGGGUUACGCUUAAGCCCUGAAUUUGUAACGGUGGACCUAUCGUUUGAAGACAGUUUGUUAUCUCAGAUUAUUGACACGAAAGGUUCAAGCAAGGUUAUCGGGCACUACUCGCCUGUUAAGCCGCCUCUCCGAGGAUGGGAGGAUCCCGAAUACCUUGGUAUUUAUGAACGGGCGAAGAAGCUCGGAUGUGACAUGGUGCGCUUUACACAGUCCGCCACGUCAAUAGACGACAAUUUCGCCGUCGAGCGCUUUCGCCAUAACCUCAAGAUCCUUCCAGGACCGCAGAUGCCUGUCAUUGCUUAUAAUUCUGGGCCGCUUGGCCGACAAUCGUGCUGCUUUAACCCAAUCCUGACCCCGGUGAUACCUCGGCCCCUGAUCUCUCAAUCAGGAACCAGAGGGCUUCCAUCCGUCACCGUAAAAGACGCGCAGCAAGCGCUUUAUUCUUCAUUUGUCCUGGACCCAAUGCAAUUCUUCGUCUUCGGCGCGAACACGACAUACAGUUUAUCCCCAGCAAUGCACAACGCCGCGUUCAAAUUGCGCGGCAUGCCACAUAUUUACCGAAUCCACCAGACACCAACUCUGCGAGGGAUUAACGAUCUGGUGGAAAAUCCGAAUUUUGGAGGAACCAGUGUCAGCUUGCCAUACAAGACAGAAGUUAUUCCUCUAUUGCAUUCAAUGUCUCCCCAUGCGCGCGCUAUCGGAGCUGUCAAUACCCUGAUACCAAUUCGAAACCUCGAAGGCAGCACUGACGACGCUCUGGACUUGGAAAAAAACCGGGCAGGCCCAAUCAAGGGCUUGCAUGGAGACAACACGGAUUGGAUUGGAAUUGGUAUAUGCAUACGUCGAGGCUUGUCUCCAGUCAAUGCCAUCCGUCCAACCACGACAGGCCUAAUUAUCGGUGCCGGUGGAAUGGCUCGCGCCGGGAUAUACUCGAUGAUCCAUUUAGGCGUGCAAAACAUCUUUAUCUGGAACCGCACCGUUGCGAAUGCUGAGAAACUCGCGCAGCAUUAUAUGCGCUUGAACCUCCGCGCGUUUGGCGGGAGCGGGCCGGCCCCUUACAAAAUCCAUGUUCUCAAGUCGCUACAAGACCCUUGGCCGGUUAACUAUAAACAGCCAACCAUUGUUGUUUCAGGGAUUCCAGCACACAGGAUUGGCGACCAGCCCGCACCCAACUUCCAGCUUCCUUCUCAAUGGAUCGAGAGUCCGACGGGUGGCGUGGUCGUUGACCUCGCGUACAAACCAUUGAACACACCACUCAUGCGACAAAUACGCUCGCUUUCUCAUCGGGGCUGGGCGGCGCUUGAUGGACUCGACGUCCUCCCUGAGCAGGGGUUCGCCCAGUUUGAGCUCUUCACCGGAUGCCGUGCGCCUCGGCGGCUUAUGCGGACUGUCAUCUUGCAAGAGUACAAGGAGGAGGAGCAAGGUGAAGAAUACGAUCAAAGCGCUAUGCAGACUCGACUUGAGAAUCUCGACGGGCAGCCGAUGUGA